AUGUCCUCAACAAAGAGACACCAGUACAGUAGCUUGAUGACAUCCAAAGAGCGUAGGAGGCAGUACAACAAAAUCUGGGCUAGAGUGUCAAGGGCUCAAAAGAAGGCAGACAACAAAGAAACUAUCAGUUCAGUUGAGAUGGCUAGCAUUGCUGAAAGUGACAGCCUUAAUCUCAACCAGCACAUUGAGGAAGAAAAUCUUGACAUGCUUUCAGAUCCAGCCCUGUCAAGUUCUGAGAGCGAACAAGAUAUUACACCCACGCUCAGGGAAGAACUUUCCGAAUGGGCAUGCUCUACAUCCUUCAGCUUCACCCCUGAGUCUUCGCCUCCUGAAGCUUUGUCCUCUCUUCUGCUUUGUGAAGAUUUGUCCCAUGAGUUUCUGCCUCCUACAGCUUCCUUCUGUCUUCUGAAAGUAACCAAUGAUUGUCUAUUAAUAGGUAAUUGUGUUUGUUUCAUUUGUGUAUUGCAAGCUGAACUUACAGAUUUAUCUAAACUUCACUUGCAGGUUUAUCUUCGCUAUGUAGUACUCAAUUUCAUUGAGCAAAAUGAGGUUGAGGUGGCACCAUCUUCAUGGCUCGAAAAGAUCGAUGGGGUACUGUUCUGCUAUUGGCCCAAUUCAAAUGUUGGGACCAAAGUCAUAAAAUGUGCCAUUCCAGACAAACAUCUCUGGACAAAAUAUGCCGUCAGAGUAUUUUCUGACACAGACAGUUACAACCUAGCAAGGUAUCGGGUCCAAAAAGCUGUUGAAACUUCCCAUGUUGAGGACUCGGAUGGAAAUAGUUCACGAAAAAUUAUACCACCAAGAAGAUUUAGAGAAGAAGAACUUCGGGCGCCCAUACCUAGAAAGACACCACAGACAAAACGCUUUCUUGAAGAAAGUGAAUCAUCCCAAGAUGAGAUUUUCAGUUUGAAAGCAAAGAAAAUUAACAAACGGCCAAGAUCAACAGCAAUUGCAUCUACGUCUGGGGAGCCUGAUGAAGAGUUAGAUGAGGAGUACCCAGUAAAAAAAAAAGGAUCUAAUGUGAUUUUGCCUGGGGCACCUUGCUUUCCAUGUCUUUCAACACCACAACUUCAGCCACAUCAGUCAGUUUCUGCUAACUGGCAGAAUCAAGGAAGUGUGAUUGAUCCACAAUCUCUUCGAGAUGUUCCAUGUCUUUCAACACCACAACUGCAGCCACAUCAGUCAGUUUCUGCCAACUGGCAGAAUCAAGGAAAUGUGAUUAAUCCACAAUCUCUUCAGGAUGAAAUCUACAAGUUAUUUGAGAAUUUAGAAAGAAGAAUCAUGUUGAAACUGGACCAAAUCCAAAACAACAUUACAUCAGUGGUUGAAACAAUGCAGCAAUCAAUGAACCAGCCAAGCACCUCUGUCUCCGAUCUCACAGAGGUGCUAGAGAAACCAUGCAAGACUGUAGAGGAAUUAGAGGAGUUAUGUGAUAAGCUGAAAGAUGCUGAAUUUCGAAAGAAGAUGAUUCGUUAUCUGUGUCUUCAGAGUGGAGGCAACAUGGGAGAAGGAAUUAGGAGGAUGCUGAAAAAAAUUGGAGAUAAUUCCUUAUGGGGAUAUUACAGUUACAAAGGGAGAAAGGGAAAACUUAAAUUUCAGCAGCUCCUCAUCAAUGAUGUCAUCAUACGUGCCUGCAGCAAGGCAUACCCAAACCAAAAAUCCCAGAGUGUGGAAGAGAUGAUUGCUGUCACCCUAAAGCGUGCCCCGGAUCGUGAAAAAACAGUUAAUCAGGUCAGAAGCCAACAGGGGCUACCAUCGGAAUAACGCAGAGACACAGCUGCUUUGCUUGACCCACCCACGCACGGAGAAAAAUUUACAAAUAAAAAUAAUUUUUAAUUUG